UUAGCGUAUAGGCGCGUAGACACGGACCUACGUGACAGGAAAAACGAUCGCCUAGGCUAGAGUGAUCGCGACUUUCCGUCGUUAGCCUUGUAUCCUCUCGUUUCCUCUUCUUUAUCUUUGGCUGUUUUGAGGGCUAUAUAGGGGCGGUCAAGUUCCAGUUCGGUCUCCAAAUUUUUAAGUUAUCGUAUCGACGUUUUGUUUCAACAUGUCCCCAGCACCAAGUAACAGCGAAAAGAGAAGUCCCUCAAGACGCAGCAGAAGUACAAGAACGAGACGAAGAGGGAUGCGCGCGAUCGACGCCAGCACGAACAGACAGCCGCUUCUACACGUUGCCGCCCAGCACAGGCGCAGAGACGACGUAAAAAAACUACUGGAGAACGGAGUCAAAUCGAAUGAACGGGAUCGCAGGUACCGGUCGACGGCUCUUCACGCGCUCGCACGGCUCAAUUUGAGCGAGUGCGCCACGAGCUGCGACGUCUGUACGAGCGGGGUACGAGCCAGCGACAUCGUCGACGCGCUGAUCGAGAAAGAGGCAAACAUCGAGGCGCGCGAUCGCAACGGAGACACUCCUUUGCAAUUGGCCGUGUCGCGCCUCAAUGUGGAAGUCGCGAGAGCCCUCCUGGGAAAGCGUGCGGACCCGAGCGCUUUGAACGAAGACCGAAUGUUUGGCAUGAAUUUCAAUCGAAUGGAGUUCAAAGACUAUUGUCCAACGUUGAAAAUUAUUGAAAUGAUGGAACUAUUUCAGUCAUCCGGCUACAGGAUGGAUACUCACACGAGACUCCGGGUGAUAAAAUAUUGGAUGAAAGUGAAAAGAAACGAUACAAAAUAUUUACUACUUAGUAGUAACGAUGGUAUACGACCUAUGAUGAUCGUCACGAUACGAUUAUUCUACGAUAGAAGUGAAUUUUAUUUAGAGAACCAAGUUUCAGAUUUUUUGAAUCAAAAAUACGAAGAAUUGGGACCAAGAAUGUCAACUUUGUACGACGCGUUUAAAGACAUAAUCUUCAAACAAUUAGAUACCGAAAUGAGUAUAUUACGAGGCAUUCAGCUGAUCAAUGGCGUUUCGCUCUAUGAAAUUUGUAAAAUGAAUUACGAUAGAGCUUAUUCAAUUGUGAAAAAUCUCAAAAGUUGGCGUGUACCACCGCUGCACAAGCUGACGAUGUGCACGCAAAUGAUUGUUAAAAGACACUUGGCAAAUAUUUUCAUACGGCUACAUUUGGAAUUGCUCGCCACAGAUCUGUUUAUGUCUGACGAUUGCAAGUUGAACUUGCCCUACACCGUUUGCCGAAUUGUUGCCGAAAAAAUGAGUCGAGAGGAUCUCUUCCAUUUGUUCGAGGGGUAAGCGAAGAACGACGAAUAAUACACUCGGUGCCUGCAGUGCGAUCGAGCUGAUGCCUCCCUGCGCGUCACCAGUUGUAUAGCCCAGGCCCUAUACAAGUUUCACUGGAACUCUUUUUCUUAUUCUACGUUUACUUAACGUAAAAUUUCUCGCAAUCGAAUUCAUUUCUCGAGAAAAAAUGAAGAAAGGAUUGUAAAUAAUUAAUCUAAAAUGUGAUUGCGUAAUUUUUUUAAAUUUCUAAA